AUGUUAGAAACUGAAGAAAUUGUUCAAAAGAUUGAUAGAGAAGAAGAAUCUAUUCAACAAUUAGAAACAAUAAGGUCCAAUACUCAAUUGCUAUACAUCAUUCAAGAAUGUAAUGUUAAGAUCGCUGAACAUUCUUUUCACAUCAAGACCCUUAGACAAGAACUCAGUAAAUCUCAUAAAUAUUAUUCGUCCGAUCUUUAUAAUAUGAAACCUCAGUUUUAUACUGCUUUCCAAUUAUGUCAAUUUGAUUGUCCUGAUUUGGAUCAGAAAGUUCAGUAUAUGAUGGAACAAUUACAAUUCAAGAUUUAUAGUGUUGAACAAAACAACCUAGCAAAGAAAGAUUUCAAUCAAGACAAAGAAACUAAAAAAGUCAAUGAAUCUAAUUUGAAAGUUAUGGAAUUAUACUUGAAACUUUUGGACAAAUCAUUAAAUGAGUACAAGUCUAAAAAUAUAUCAACUUUAACUCCAGUAAGAAGUGAAACUUUAGUUCAGAAGAAGCUAAGUAUUGAAAGUGUGUUAAAUUGGGAAUUGACAAUCACUACAAUUGAAGCUAAGAAUAUUGUCCAUGCUGAACCAGUUAAAUUAUUUCGAAAACGAGUUGAAUCAAUGAUUGUGUUUUCCAUAGAUGGAGAAGAGAAAGCUAGAUCUUCAUUUUCAAAAAGUAAAAUAUGGAACGAAUCUAUAAGAUUGAAUGUCAAAUUUGGGAGAGAAUUGGAAAUUCUAGUGUUGGAUAAACCUGAUCUGCAAUAUAUUCCGGUAGCUGUUAAUUGGAUCUAUUUAUUUGAAUUAAAUGAAGAAUUUGAUAAAUCUCAAAAUACAGAAAUAUCUCUUACUGAUCCACAAAUACAAUUCACUUUAAGAUUAGAACCAAUAGGAGAAAUUACAUUGAGAUUGUCAUUGAAGAAAAGAACAAAUUAUGGACAAGCACUUUGA